UGGGUGAGGCAAUAUGGCGGAGAGUGACUUCACUAGUCAAGAGCCAGCACGCCCGUUGCUAUGGAUACCAUCACGCUCAAUGGGGAAUUUGCUGCACAUUCGUCAGUCGCUACAAAUAUUUUUCUCCAUAACUACCAAGGCGCGGUUUCGGUAAACGGCAGGUGAUGGAGUGCGACAAUGACCUAAAUGAACUGCGGCUCCAAUUCCAAGCUCUGCAGAAACAGCAAGAGAAAAGAAAACAGGGUAGGAGGAAGGAGAUGAAUCCAAAUGAGAUAAAUGCCAGUGUUUCACAGGAGUGGCUUGAAAACCAGGAACAUUUGGAAUUAUCCAAAAAAGUCAAUCCAGCAAACCACCGUGAAGACAGCGUUCUGACGAAUGAGAGUCAAAUGCUCCAGGAUCAGUUGAGAGAGCUCAUUGAUGAAAACGGUCGUCUCUUCAAACUUGUGAGGGAAAAGGAUUAUGAAAUGCAGCAUGUGAAGAAGGAAAGAGAGGAGGAAAGACUGGCAUUAGCGGGUGCAUCAGGGUUAGCGGGCGAUGUAGCAGCAACCAAGAUUGUUGAGCUGUCCAAGAGGAAUAGAGAGCUAACUGCUGAACUUGAGCAUGUAAAGAUUAGAUCCAAGCAAAGUGACAACAGAAUCAAAGAGCUGGAGAAACAGUUACAGGCUGCUUCAGGUGGGCAAAGCAUUGACACCAAGAUGCAGGCAAAGAGUUCAUCGAAAGACAGUGAGGGCAGUCCACUGGUAAAGUCUCUGCAGGAAAAAUUAGCAGCUGCUCAGUUAAAAGUGGCAGAGUAUCGCAACCAGGUUCAGUCUGUCAAACAGGAGUUGAAAAUAGCCCAGAAGGUUUUGAUCAGUGAAGUUGGAGAAGAGGUCAACCUUCAGCAAUUAUUAAACUGCCCAGGCAGUUUUAGGGGGCGGUCUCAGCAGAUUUUAGCUCUUCAGACAAGGGUCCGGGACCUUGAGCAACAGCUGAACCAGUUAGCUCAGCGGAGAGAACCGAGUGUCCAGAACCUAGAAGAAGAAUUAAUGGGAGUCAGCAGCUUUCAGAAAGCCAGCCUUCAAGACAGGAAUAUCUCUCACCUCCGCACCAUAGAGAAGGAGAAGAGAGCAACAUUUGAGAGGCUCUCAGCAGAUUAUGAGACUCUCCUAAAAGAGCACGAGGAUGUGAAGAAAAAGCUGGAUGCCUCUAAAGCCAGGAACACCUCUCUAUCCGCUGAAGUCAAAACUCUUAAGAUGCAGAUUGCUACCCUACUGGAAAAGGGUAAACAUGAUGAUGAGCUUGUGGCUGCUCUGCUGAAGCAGCAGAGCAAGAUGCAGGAGGUGUUAGGACGGCUCAGCCAGCAGCAGACUGUUCCGAGCAAGGAGAUCCAGCAGACGAGCAUCAAGUGUUCAAGUCAUAAUGCUUUUAUCCAGAAUCUUAAGGACGUUAUUGCAGAUAAAGAGACCAAGAUCAAAGAGCUACAGCAUCAGAUCAGCGUCAUGGGAGAGGCUGCAUCCACCAUCAGUUCAGGAAUUUCCCCUAAAGAGGGCGCCAUAAACAAGAACAUGAGUUCUACAGGUGUUGAGUCUGCACUUGGUCAUAAACUGGUGCUGCCUGCUGUCGGACGUACAACAGAAUCCAGCAUGUCGACAUCGUUCAGCUGAUGUGAUGUGCUGAUUAUAAACCCCAGUUUGAAGUGUGAAGAAAGACUCCUCCAGCUGCAGUCAACAUGCCACAAAUUAUUCCUAACUUUGAAGAAAGCAAUAUGUGACUGGAGAUACUGGCUACAACUUUAUCUUUGUUUAAAAAAGCACUGUAUAGGACUUUGUUACAAAAACAAACUGUUAAAUGUCAGCUGAAUUUUCCGGGGCGUACAAUCUUGAUCUGUUUUUUGUUUUAAAAAUUCAUUUGUGCCGCUCUACAAUGAAACUGUCGCUAGUAUAGCAACAGACAAAAGUUGUUUGAUGCCCAGUUUCUACAACUGCCUCCACAGAAAUGUGUAAGUCCUUCAGAUUUUCACUGGUGUCUCUGAAGCUUGCCUCUUGUCUGCUUCUUUUAUCUCAGUGAUUGUUUUUUAUGUCAUUAGAUUUAUUACUGAUUGAUUUAAAUGAACUCCAAUAGAUAGUUGGUGACUUGGACAAGUUUGGUAUUUAUCUAUUUUCGGUGUAGGUAAAAAUAAAUAUAUAAAUAAAAUUGGCUGUAAAAGUGGUGAAUUAGAUGUGAUAUAAUAAACAGUAGGGAUGCAUGUUC